AGCGGCACUGGGCGCCCCGGCCCGGGGGCACCGGGCUCGGCGGAGCCGGGCGCGCAGGCCGGGCGGCUCAGCCCAAUUCCCACCAUGAGUGCUGAGCUCAAUGUGCCGGUGGACCCGUCCACCCCCGCGUGCACGGAGCCAGGCCAUAAGGGCAUGGACUACCGGGACUGGGUGCGCCGCAGCUACCUGGAGCUGGUCACCUCCAACCACCACUCAGUGCAGGCGCUGUCCUGGAGGAAGCUGUACCUGAGCAGGGCCAAGCUGAAGGCCUCCAGCCGCACCUCCGCCCUCCUCUCCGGCUUCGCCAUGGUUGCCAUGGUGGAGGUGCAGCUGGAGACGCAGUACCAGUACCCGCAGCCGCUGCUCGUGGCCUUCAGCGCCUGCACCACGGUGCUGGUGGCCGUGCAUCUGUUCGCACUCCUCAUCAGCACGUGCAUCCUGCCCAAUGUGGAGGCUGUGAGCAACAUCCACAACCUCAACUCCAUCAGCGAGUCGCCACACGAGCGCAUGCACCCCUACAUUGAGCUGGCCUGGGGCUUCUCCACUGUGCUGGGCAUCCUGCUCUUCCUGGCUGAAGUUGUGUUGCUCUGCUGGAUCAAAUUCCUGCCAGUGGAUGCACGGCGCUCACCAGGCUCUGGCAGCCAUGCCGGCUGGCAGGCCGCCCUGGUGUCCACCAUCAUCAUGGUGCCAGUGGGGCUCAUCUUCGUGGUCUUCACCAUCCACUUCUACCGCUCGCUGGUGCGCCACAAGACCGAACGCCACAACCGUGAGAUCGAGGAGCUGCACAAGCUCAAGGUGCAGCUGGACGGGCAGGAGCGCAGCCUGCAGGUGGUGUGAGCCGUGGCUAGCUGGCUCAGGAGCCCAGUCAAGCUAAACAGCCUUCCUGUUGCUAAGUGGCCAGUGUCAUCACCAGUGGCUGCUAAGCAGCCUAGGUUUGGUUGCUAGGCAGUCAGUAUGCACACCUUCAGAUAGCUCCAGACCAAAGUUCACCAUCUCAAGAGCCCAGCCUGGGUUGGCUCUCACCACCCAGCUGCCAGGUCACCAGGAGGCUGCCUCUGAGUGCUUGGCAGGCUUCCUGGGGCCUGUGGGGCCUGGCCCAGAGAUAGAGCCUGCAGGCCACAGGAUGGGGAGCCAAGUGGUUUCCAGGCCACCCCCUGCAGCAGGGUGCUUCCCACCCUGGCCAGGGCGUUGGAGGGGAUGCCAGGACCUGCAGGGGCCCCGCUGGGUGGGAGCCUGGCCCUGGCCAGUCGACGUCCACUCAAGGAGGCUCACUGGCGCCCUGCAGGGCAUCCAUCCACCUCUGAGCCCACAACCACCUUCCUGGGCCAAAGCCGAAGCAAGCCUGGGUCAUCCUGUGUGAGCACAGCUAGGUACAACACCUGGUCCACAGGCGGAAGCUCCACUGCAAGGCAUCAGAGGCCCAGGGAAGAUGCAGGCAGCAGGAGAUGCCACCUGACACCAGCCGUGGUUCUCCCAGCCUUCCCUUUGCCCAAGCAUGGGGCAGAUGACUCCGUGGGGACAGGGGGGACCUGGGAUAGGGGACCAAUCAUGUAGCAGCUCCAGCCUGUGCACAGGGCAGGCUGGCCUGGAGAUGCCAACUACAGGCCAGAAAUCCCAUCUCUGGGGUGUAACCUCAUUUUGCAGCGUUCUGAUGAGGGAGCCAUGCACAUGGGCCAGCGCCUGGACUUGCCCUAGUUUCCUGAGUGGCCCUUUUGGUGCAAAGCGGCUCCUAGGCCGUGUGGAUGGCGCCGCAGCCUUGCAGUCUGCGUUUCACAAUUCAAGUGUGGUGCGGGAAGCUGCAGGGGCAGGUGUGAGCGUCAUUUAGGAGGGUUGGGGAGCGGUGGGCUGGGACUCAACUGCAGCCAACCCCUAUCUGUGCUGCGGGCUGUGUGCACCCAGGUGCAGUCUGCAUGCAGUCGGGCUGCAGGCCCUGCAUGUAGGUUUGUAACUUUCUCUGCACUGAACAUGGAAUGCAUAAACCAGUAAA